AUGCUCUUCCUGACCUCACUAUUCUAUCAUUUGUUCAAGUCAGUAAUGUUUCGAGCACUUCGAGAAGUCGGUCGCGCAGUCCGCAACACAGUUGCAGAAGGAAUACAUCAGUACGAGCAGCAGCAGCAGCAGCACCAGCGUCAACAAUACAACACCUUUCCACAGGGAGGCUACUACAAUAAUACAACCCUUGUUCCAUACCGUGGGCAAAUCCCCCAACCUCCCCCGUCGUCAUGGCCGCUCCUUAUUGAACCCGACAAGACUACGCCAACCUUCCUGUUCUCCCGUUUGCUUGACGCCAUCUUCGCCCUUGCGCAAUCUGCCGACACCAAUACGGCAUCCCAGGAGCUCCUAACCCCCACCCGCCUAGCCGCAGUCUAUGACGAACUCGGUUACCCACCGGAGGACAACUUAGCCUUUCUCCUCUUCCGCGACGCGUAG